UGGAAGAGUGCGUGGGUUUAUCCCGUAAGCCUCGCUACACACGAUCACAAUUCAGAAAGACAGAGAGAGAGAGAGAGAGAGAGAGAUAGGUUCCAUUCUACGUUCAGUUCAGGAACUAACUACUGUGAAAUUUCAAAACCCUUUCAAUCCAAUUUUCUGAAACUUAACUUACAAUGCAACAAUGCUUAUUAUGGUUCAUAACAAUUUUCAUACUGUCAGUAAAUUCGAAAUGUGGUUUUGGAUCUGAAUCAAAGAGAACCGACGUGGCAUACGCGAGUCUCUUAUACGGAGAUGAAUUUUUGUUAGGCGUUAGGGUUCUUGGCAAAUCCAUUCGUGACACUCGAUCCAAUAAGGAUAUGGUUGUUUUAGUUUCAGAUGGUGUCUCUGAUUACGCCAAUAACCUCCUCGAGGCUGAUGGGUGGAUAGUUGAGAAAAUUAGUUUAUUGGAAAAUCCUAAUCAAGUGCGUCCAAAGAGAUUUUGGGGUGUUUAUACCAAGCUCAAAAUAUUUAACAUGACUGAUUACAAGAAAGUUGUAUACCUUGAUGCCGACACUAUUGUGGUUAGAAAUAUUGAAGAGCUUUUUAAGUGCGGGAAAUUCUGUGCUAACUUGAAGCAUUCUGAGAGGUUAAAUUCAGGAGUCAUGGUGGUGCAACCAUCUACGACCCUUUUUAAUGACAUGCUGAGCAAAGUCAAAACUCUGCCAUCUUACACUGGAGGGGAUCAGGGGUUCCUCAAUUCAUAUUACUCUGGAUUUCCCAAUGCACAUGUUUUUGAGCCUGAUUUGAGUCCGGAUAUAUUGGAUUCUAGACCAGUUCCUGAAAUGGAGCGACUUUCUACGCUUUAUAAUGCAGAUGUUGGUCUUUACAUGCUGGCUAACAAGUGGAUGGUAGAUGAGAGCGAACUCCGUGUGAUUCAUUAUACGCUAGGCCCUCUUAAGCCUUGGGACUGGUGGACAUCAUGGCUUUUGAAACCUGUUGAUGUUUGGCAGAAUGUAAGGGACCAGUUGCCGGAAUCCCUUCCUGGAACCAGAGGGGGCCAAAAUCCUAAUGAUGAUUUUCUCGUGAAGUUUCUUUUUCUGCUACCACUUUCUGCUGUACUCUUCUGCUGUUAUCGCUCAUCUCUAAAGAAUCAAGGGUACUUUGGUUCCUGUUGUAGGAGCUCACUGUGUGAUCAUGUCAGACACCUUUAUUAUAGGGUUAAAUCAGGUGGUCCACUUUCUUAUACUGGCAUUUCUACUUCUACAAUCAGUUCCACCCAUCAGCUCUUAAAUGGUACUCAGUACAAGGUGCCUACAUGUUUGGGUGGUGUUUCUGUUUGUGUCUGUUUUAUGGCUGCAGUGGUGUCUCUUGGACUAACUCUUGUGAUAGUACCACGGCAAGUGACUCCAUGGACUGGUUUGCUUUUGUUCUAUGAAUGGGCUUUCAUAAUCUUCUUUAUAUUAUUUGGAGGUUAUCUCAAUUUGAUUUAUCAUUGGGGAAGAAUCACGGCAUCACGAACUUCUUCCUCAUUGUCUCAACCUGAAUCUUCUGAUGACGAUUCAGGAAAACGCCACCAGCGUCAGAUAUCAUCUUGUGAUGCUGCUACAUGGUUCUAUGGAUUAGGGAUGGCCUUCUUGGCCAUUAUUGCUCCAUCUUUACCUUGCCUUUUUGGAAUAACCGCUUUGUUUCUACGGUUAGGUUUGAUGAUUGUUGGGAGCAUAAUUUUAACAUCCUUCAUGACAUACGCCUCUGAACAUCUAGCUAUGCGAUCAUUUCUAAAAGGCCUUGGAGAGAGGGAUGUUGCACGCAAUGGGAACUUCUGUUUCUCAUGCUGAUUUUUUGCUUUUCUUUUUCAAUUGGUGUUAACUAUGAUACAUUAUUGUUCUAUUUACAUUUAUUUUCACUAAAAUAUGCAUCAUUGAUCCAUUUAAGUAUUCGGUUAAGGUUUCAUACACAACCCUUGUAUUUGAUCCGGGCUUUGACUGGAUAAGCAAUGAUUGACGACCAACAAAGCAUGAUAUCAGGAUGAAGAAAACUUCAGUCAAUAUUUAAUUCAUCUAACUUAUCUCUUAUUUAGAGACUUGGAGGUGGUUGUUACUGUAUUCAACUAACAUGUAGCAUUAAUUUAGUGGCAAAUGUAAUAUUAUUAUUUUUGGCUAGCACCCAUAUUGUAAUUUUGAGUUUACAUUACGACAUUAUUAUUAGUUUUGAUGAUAUUUGAUGAUAAUGAGUAAAUACUCAA